GCUAACAGCGGUUUAGACUGGCUCAGAGUGACAGGUUUAGCGGAGUGACAGAGUUACUGGCUGGUCCAAGGAGAUUUCUCCGUCUGUGCGGUUCAGCCUGAGGAGGAUGGCGUAAUGACACGUCUCGGCUCUUCUGUGCUGCAUUAGCGUGAGAAGUGGACUCGAGGAUGCUGCUUGUUCUCCCCAGGAGGACGCUGGAGCGGCUUUCCGCCGCGCUGCUGUUCGGCGUUGUUCUCGCCGCGGUUAGCGCUAGCAUUCCAGUGAAACACUGCCCCGACUACAUAGACUGUGCCAGAGCGGGCCGUCAGUUCUGCAAACCUGGUUCCUCUCACUGCGGCCCGUGUGUAUCGUCGCUGCAGGAGGAUGAAGACGGCCACUGUGUAGAUCCAAACAGCCAUCAUUCUCAUCACAAUAAAGACGCUUCCCUUCCUGAUCUCGAUGAACAAAUUGACUACCUGUCUUCAGUCAUUGCCAAGCAGCAAGUCUCAGAUGUCAGGCAGUCAGACUCUUCUAAGCCGAAGAGUCAGUCCACACUGAAGAGUGCAUCUCAGUCGAGUACAGUAAAACCAGUCACACACAGUCCCUCCACCCCGACCCAGCAAACCUUCAAACCCCCCGUGGCUCAGACGAACGCUCCAGGCCGUGGUAAACACACCAGCAUGACCUUUCCAGAAGACGGCCUGCUCGUUAUCAUGAUGUCUGCAUUCAUCAUUUUGGGGACUGUGGCUCUCAUCGUGGCUGCUGUCUGUUGGUUUCGGAUACAGAGGGAAAGCCAUUUAACUUCAAAAGUGGAUUACCCUGCAUUUCAUGCGGUGGGAAGCAAUUCCUCUAACAACAACUCAUCGGGGGACAAGAAGCUGGCUCACAGUGCUCAGAUGUAUCACUACCAACAUCAGAAACAACAGAUGCUCUCAAUGGAAAAACACAAAGUUGAACCCAAAGUCCCUGAACCUGGAGUUCCAUCAGAUGAGGAAACUGAAGAAGGAGACUUCACUGUAUACGAGUGUCCUGGACUUGCACCGACUGGAGAGAUGGAAGUGAAGAAUCCACUGUUUGACGACUCUUCUUUACAGAACGGAAGGAAUCACAAGUGACAUGGAUGCUUACACAGACAAACACACACUGCACAAUACAUCCAGAAGUUUCAUUUUCACUCGAGAGAGUAUUACUAAUAUACCUGCACACCUUUAAUACAUAUAAAAACACACACCCAAACUAAACAUAUCCAACACCGGACAAUGACUUGAUGACUUUUAUUAGCUCAGCUCCUCAGAACAAAUAUAAUAGGGAAGUACUAUUAAAAACCAAAACCCGAAAGAGGAUGAAGACUGGAUGAAAAUAAAAGCAACGGUUGAAAAUGAACUCUUAAUGCACUCUUAAUGAGCACCGUGCACCCAGACAGCCUACAAAAUCUUCAACUCUGCACGGCUCCGCACGUUCCUCAUUUUACCUUGUUUUUCAGUCAGUCAUCCCUCGUUUAUUUUUUGUGCAGAUUAUGAUAUUAGUUAACAUGCCUUUUUCAGUUUUCAAUGUAAUUUGUGUCUUUACUGUGAAGCUGCUUCAUAAGUCUUUCACUCAUAUUUUGAAUGAAUGUGUUUUACACACAUAUACUACGUUAUUUCAUGAAUAUAACCUUUACCACUGAUGAGCUCAGAUGUUUUUUUUUAGGAAAAAAAUGCCACUUUCGUGUUUUUAUGCCGCUUUUCUACAGUUCUGUAGUGCUCUUCUCUUAUAGGUAUCUGAAGGCUUUGAAUUUUUCUUCUACCUGUUUUUCUCCACUGUUAUCCUUUUCUUGUCUACCUCUCUCUUUCACACUUGCCCCUUUUGUCUCUUGAUGUGUAGGCUUCUAUUCAGAUAGAAUAAUGAACAGACUUUUUGUGUAUAUAAGUGUCACUGAGGUGUCACAUACUCCAGUCGCUUUAGUAUUAAUAAAUAACCUUGUUAAAGAGGCGUUUUGUUUGACUUGGCUGAAAGUCAAAGCUGUGCUGAACCCUGACAUGGAAACAGCACCAUCAACUAAUAUGAGCAUCAAAGAUGGAAAUGCUUUUCUACACAGAAUUAUAUAUAAAAAUGAAAUCUACAAAUUUUUGCAUUUUUUUAAACUUAUUUUUUUUAAUCGAUUUUCAACAUACAUACGGUUUGUUGUUUUAUUUUAUUAUUAACCACUGCUGUUAUGCUGUAUGCUAGGGCAAAUCUUUCAAUGUUCAGCCCAUGAGCAAAAAAUCAUCAGUAAACUUAACUUUAUUGUUCCGUA